AUGAAGACCUUGAACAAAACUGAGACAACCUGCUUCGGCUUUUACUUUAUUACAGGUGUCACCUCUGAUAAUACGGGAGAACUUUUCGUGACAAAUAUUCUGACAUGCAUCCUCAAUGUAUUGUUCAGUAUCAUAACAUGUGUGGGCAACUCUACGAUUCUUCUUGCGAUUAAAAAUACACGAGAUCUUCACUCGCCAUCUUACGUCCUCCUGGGCUGCCUGGCUUUUUCUGAUCUUCUCGUUGGCCUCAUAUGUCAGCCACUUUUCGUGGGGGUCAAGAUAGCUGAGUUUGAAAGGAGCUUUACUGUGUAUUGUUGGUUGAGAAUGCUUCAGUCCAGAUCAGGUUGGACAACAGCGGGCGUUUCGUUUUUCACAGUAGCUGCAGUGUCCGUCGACCGACUAAUCGCUUUCCCGGGGGGGGCACUUGGCUAUUUUCUGGGUGGGUAUGUGCCGCCCGGGACUCCAAAUUGGCAACCCGUUCUAGAAAAAAUUUCCCCUAAAAUUGAUACCCCGUUCUAGAAAUAGGCUAAUUUUUUAUACCCCGUUCUAGAAUUCGCCCUCAAACUAACACCCCGUUCUAGAAAUGGGCCAAUUUUUUAUACUCCGUUCUAGGGUGCAACAAGAGUACAACGGUUUUUGUUAACGCACUGAACCGUAUUUUUAAAAGCAAUCUGUCCUUGAAUGCUUUCAAAUGGCUGCUUAAAAAAGGGGAGAGCUUUCGUGCGUUCGAAAUAUUAUACCCCGUUCUAGAAAACGCCUCUGAAAUGGAUACCCCGUUCUAAACCAGGAGCUUCAAAAUCACGACCCCUUUGGGCGGCACAUACCCGUAUAGGUAAUGUAUGGGAGUACCCCCCCGUGAUCGCUUUACACCUGCACUUGCUAUACAGCGCAUUUGUCACCGUUUCUCGGGUUUUGCAAGCCACUCUGGUUAUUUGGAUCUUGUCCCUUAUAUUGAAUGUCGUGCUAAGGUUUUGGAUGACUGCCAAAUGGUUUUUUAUCCUGUUGGUCAUUUUUGUUGUUGUGUUCCUGGUUCUAACCGUCAGUACCGUGAAGAUAUUUCAGAUGGUUCGAAGAUACCGGCGCAAGAUAGAAAGACAAACUGAGGCCGUGAGCCAUCCUCAAUCAAUGACAGUGAACAUUCUCAAAUGCAGAAAAUCAGCUGUCACUGUACUUUAUAUUUAUGGCUUGUUUAUGAUAUGUUAUGUCCCUUUCUUUGGAACUCUGAUCACAGACAUGCUCCAUCGAUAUACAAUCAAGAUACAACUCGCUUAUGAUUUCUCUGGGACUGUUAUUUUCGUCAACUCCUUUAUAAAUCCGGUUGUGUACUGCUGGAGAAUCAGGGAGAUAAAAAAAGCUGUAAAGAACAUUCUAAGGGGGUGGGGUGGGGGACGGAAUGAAUAA